AUGGAUGGUACUGCUAGACAAGAUGUUAUCAAUAGCUUCGAGUCGCACUUUCAUAAAAUCGAUGAUUUUCUUAACUUCUGCGAGAGAAUCGGCGGCAGUAGUAAAGUGUCGAUGUGGCAGUUUCGUGACCAAGUCACGAAGAGGUUUUCUCCCUCCGAUCCACAUUUCAUAUUCCAUUUCUCUGCUAUCGCAAGAAUCGCCAUUGAAGCGGACCGCCGAGCUGGACGUCGCGUCUUCAAAGUUGGUGGUGUUCCCCCCCCGGUUGGCGAAAUUCUCUCACAUGAACCUGUCGUGCUGGAUGCUUCCUACCCAGUGCCUCACACCGACGUUCCCCUCUACCGCCCCUACAAAGGGCUCCUCGAUGAUUUAUCAGAUAUCACGAACAAGUUGGCGGAAAUUUCUUCAUCAAGAAGGGUUUCUCAAAACGCUGUCGCCUCUUCCUCCGUCCCUGCGACUUCAGGCAUCAUUGCUUCUUCUAGCAAGGAUGACCGACCUGACGAUGUCGUUAAAAACCCCCCGCCUCCUUCCCAGCGGUCUCGUUCUCCCUUGGCUUCCCGAAUUCAACCCUUGGGUGCCGGAAACGCUAGACGACGCGAGAGGAAAUCUCGUUCUCGAGUUCCCUCCUUGCCACUACCAAAAAGUCCUGGUCCUUUCAGGCAUUCUCGGGGCCCUUCUCCACAAGGGCCUCCGAAUCCUCGCUCUCUUCAACAGCGAGUGGAUCGCAGGGGUCUCCCAAUCCCCAAUCCGACAGCUCCUUGGCCUAUGGCCACUCCACCUAGGUCUGCGUCCCGCAACAAAGGCAAGGGUAGAAGGAUUUCGUCUCCUCCCCUUCCCCAAGAACGAAAGGUGGACUCUCCUCACACUCCUCCUUUUGAAUCUGAUCCCGACUCAUCUGAUAGCGAGCUUGGUAAUCCGGGAAUUGUUUCCCCACCAGUUUCAAGGGCCUCGACCUCGGCUCCUUUAUUCUCAAAACCUAUCAGAGAAUUGGCCAACACUAAGGCCUCUCCCACCGCGAUUUCACUUCAACAGUUGGUGGUUCGAUAUAAAAAGGACAUCGACAAUUGUGUCACCCUUUUUAAUUCAUCUCCAAAUAAACCCUCUAGUUGGCCUACUUCUCUUACUCAGGACCUUUCGGAAUACAAGGUUAUCGAUCUUAACAAGCUGUUUGGAGAAAUGUCUUCAAGACCUUCCAACGAAGUCUUUGUCUUCAGCAGGAAGUCCAGGAAGAUGGACGUCAAGGGCACAGUUGAACCUCGUGAAGUCGAAAACCUCUCCGAUUUCAUUCAGGUCAUGGAAGUUCUUCGACAUGCCUAUUUGGCGGCUUUCUAUUCGGUCAGGCAUCCAAUCAAAGCCUAUUUCGAUUACAUCUCGGGUCUCAUCAAGCAUUCCUCCAAAGUACCUUGGGAAGCUGUUAAAGCCUACGAUGAAGAAGUUCGAUAUGAGUUUGCUCAACGGCCUUCUAUCGCCUGGGGCGAUUACGACGUUCCUGAACUCAAGAUUUCCAAGGCCGAAACCUUCACGACAAAAAAGAAAGUUUUCAGUCAAAUUCCAGAAGCUCCUACCAACCUCAACCUAAAGCUUCCUCUAACAGGAAUUCCGGUCAAUCAUCGAAUCGGCAGCCCACAAAUUGGAACUCCGGAAACUCUUCUAAUCGAGAUUCUGGCCAGAAAGCCAAGAAGAAGACAAAACGAGAUUUUCCGCCUUAUCCUAUCAAAAGUACUGUUGGCGUUGAUGAUCGUGACCAGCCUUGCAACAAUUGGAACGCUAACGUCUGUCCUUUCACCGCCGACACAUGCCUCCAACAACAUGACAUUUGCAACAAGUUGGGAUGCGAUGAGCAUCAUCGAGGAGGCCGCGCUCACGGAUGAGCCCAACGGGCGCAGGUUCCUGCGCAAUAUGGAGGUCGAUUCUCUGGUGGAUGGCUUUUCAGCCUCAGUCGACUUUUCCUUAACCGCCAGACCCCUCCCCUCCGCUCCCCCUCUGGCUUCUGAUACCUACGCUGCUAGAGCUAUCCGAAGACGCCCUGAUAUUUUCAAAAUUGUUUCUCCUAUCAAUGUUUGA